GCCCCGAGUGGCAUUUCUACCUUCUACCAAAUCGGAAAAACUAUCGUGAAAAUCCCAGCCAAGAUGUUCCAAUCGCGAUCCCUGUGCCUGCUGCUGGUUCUCUGCCUGUUGGCUUUGUUCUUGUGCGGAUCUGAGGCUCUGCCACGUCCCCAGGAGGGUCGGGAGGAGGGCGGUGAUCAGGAAGCUGGCGUGGUAGCUGCGGAGGCCGAGGAGAAGGAUUUGGAGGGUGCGGCUUCCUUUGGAUACGGCUAUUACUCGUCGCCCUAUUUGGGUGGCUACUAUGGAGGCUACUGGCCGCACUACAGCGGCAGCUACUAUGGAAUCGGAUAUCCUUACUAUGGAGGCUACUACGGUGGACUCCACCAUCACCAUGGCCACUACGGACACUACUUCUAAGAGGAUGUCUUCCCGGCACAUCAAAAUCAAAGUUCUUAAGCCUCAGUAGAAUUUUAGAAGCACUUGACAUUUAACAGCACCCACAUAGAUUGAAUAGCUAAAUGAACCAGAGAUAGAAGUAGAAAAAGAUAGUCGUUAUCGCCUGCACUAGCCUCAAUAGCCAAAUGGCGAUGCGUUCUUGACCGGAUGGCAAACAGAUUAAUUGCACUGCCCCCAUGCGCGAGGAUAAUUGCUUCAAUUAAGCAAAAAAAUCACAAAAAAAGAUACAAAGUACAACCAAACUAC